CUUCUUCGAUUUCCACCCGUUUUCGUCGCUGGUUUUGUUUUGUAUCUGCGCUGUGGCCUUUUGCUGCUCCUUCUGCUGUCGGGAAGAAAGGCACCAACCAGACAGUCAGAAGACGAAUCAGGGACAAACCCGCAGGAGUCCCCAUUUUCAUCUGUCAACUUUUUUCGCAGCCGAGCAGGAGGUCAAACAGUUUGAAGAUCAUUGAGUGAUUGAUUCAACGCGAGAAAGUGGUGCCUUCUCACUCGUCAGCUGAGCAUCGGAACUGAUUUAGGUAGACACCCAAAGAGCUUCCCACCUUUCGGGAGGUGGAUAUUAGAAGAACCGGAAGAUGGCAUCCCUCAAGGAUUGGGACAUCAUCAAGCUUAGCACGCUGAUAACGAAUGUGGAUGCCAAGCUUUCGGCCAGCACUAGGACCGAUCGAGGCUAUCAGAUUCUGUGCCUGGUGCGGCGAAAUGACCAGAUUCUGUUCCGGUACAUCGAUGAGAAGGGCGAGGUGCACCUGAUGCUGUUGUGCUGGUUUGCAGAGAAUCAAAAGUGCAUCCAGGACGUGUGCUUCGACAAUAGCGAAUCGUGGCUGCUGGUUUUCUGUUACGAUAACACGCUGCACAUCGUCCCAGCACUUUCGAUCUGCGACAAAUCGGCCACAGUGGAGCCCACCUUUACCCGGGACGAGAUCACAUCCUUUAUCGUGCCCUUCAUCGGACCCCACGAGUGCCCAAAUCCACAAACCUGCCCCAACAACUCGCACAAUGUGUCCUCGGCCGCUCAGUCGCACCGAUCAUCAAUCGCAUCGGAAACAAGCGUAAGGUCAAGCCUAUCGGGAUCCGAACUUGGUGCCGCUUCCGGACUUAAACGAUCCGAAUCGAUGCACACGACGCACAAAAUAGACGAGAUUUUCUCGCUGAAUAGCAUCUACAAUCAGCUGCACGGGACGGAGGGGCAACAAUCGACCGCACAGGAUCCGAUCACACCGAUCGCGAUGAAGACGAUCGAGAACUUCUUCGCCGAAGGGAAGGACGAUAGAAUGGGCGCUAGCGGAAUGGACACGAAAGCCUCCACUCCGCAGGAAUGCUUCAGCCACACGAUCAGCUCCAGUAUUGAAUCGACAGUGUCGGUUUCGUGUCCUUAUCCGACGUGUUGUAGUUGGUGGGAAACACUGACCAACGAACCCCGGGCGAUCCUCGGAUAUUCGGAUGGAUCAAUUUGUGUGGUGGCGUUGACGCCGAACUGUCCUUUCUUGGGCAACACGAACUGCGAGCGAGGAUUGAUCGAGAAGUUGAUCAUUUGCCAGGACAACAGUAUGGAGACGAUCAGUUUGAUGAUCAACACCUCGACCAAGGAGCAGUGGAAGCUGCUGUUGGAGCAGAAAUCCAUCAAGUACACGUUUCCGGGAGAUAUCUCUCCGAGUUCUAGUCAAGAGUUGAAGGAGGAAAUGUUGAAAUCGUUGGGGGAUGGAGAGAAACCGAAUUCUGGGCUGAUGGACGACUGGCAGAUUGUGCUUUCGCUGCCUAAGGAAGGAUCGGGAAGCGGUGGGGAUCAAGGUACGAACAGUGGCGGAGAGAAGGGUUCGAGUCCGAGUGGAUCCGAACCGCAGUCUAGUGAUGAUUUCGAAAAGGUUGAAGGCGAGUGUUCGACUGAAGAUGGAAAAACGGACGCAAGAGAUCAGCAGGGAGCCUUACCGAAGUUGUUCCCAGCUGCCAGGGCAAGGCUCAUGUCCUUGAGGGACCUUGGCGCGAAAAAGAUUGGUACUCUGAAGCUGAAGCUGUCGGAAAGUAGAAUCAAAGCCAAAGAAAAAGAGAGAAUAAAAGAACAAGCGGCAAACUUGGCAGUUAUGGAGCUUCCUGGGAUGUAUCCGGAGAUAUUGACUACACCGGCUGGACCGUAUUUUGUAGUCCAGUACUUGAACGGGAAAUAUUUGCUGAGUGCCUUGCACUCAUAUUCGGAUACUCUUUCGGUUCACAGCAUGGAUAUCAGCUUGAUUCCGUUGCAUAUCUACAAAGUCCCGAAGCAGUGUAAGUCGACCGUUCUGACAAGGAACGUCAUCUACGUUACGCAUCAUCUAAGUUUGGGGUCGGAGAGAACGACCGAAAGCACAAACUCAUCGCCAGAUGCUAACCCGGAAACGGUUGGCGAUCUGUCGGAACAGCCUCGCCGUAACACGGAUAGCAGCAUCGAAAAUCUGGGUAGUAGUCAAAGUCAAACGCAGGACGAAGAUGCAUCAACUGAGACCACCAAUUCGGGCACCGUAAACGCUGUCUCGGUGGUCAGCUGCCAAUUAGCUGCGGUCAAAAUGGGAGACGAUUGCGAUUUCAAUGAACAUGCGAUGUUGGCGUUGUUCCAAUUUCCGGAUGAGAAGAUUCUGGAGAUCCAUCGAAUUAGUCCGUUGGGGGAUGGUAGCGAAGCGAAGGAUCCCGAUGACACGCGAUUCAAUGCACCAGAUGAAUCUGGCGAUGUUCGAUCUGUCUUCCAGAAGUCAUCCGUUUCCAACUAUCUGAAAAUGCAGCGCAUUCUCCGGAUGGACAAAAAGUUAGAAACUCACGAAAGCCAAGUGAUGGUCGGUGAAUUUCCGAAGGUGGAAUUCGAUCGAGCGGCGAUUGUCACGGACAAGAACUUGUACUCGCUGGAACUGAACGAUACGGCACGGAAUCUGUUCCUGAAGUUGGCUCACAAAUCUUUGUGGGCAGCUUGUGAGGACUUUUGCCUCACCUUUGGGCUUCCUUUAGCGACGUGUGUUGAGUACGCGGGAGAUGUCCUUCUGAAACGGAAGAAGAUCACGGAAGCCUUGAUGACGUACAAUGUGGCCCGCCUGUCGCCGAUGAAGACCGCUCUCAAGCUGGCCAGUGUGAACGAGAACGGAGCGCUGAUGAAGCUGUGUUCGAUGGCGCUGCGAAACUCACACAUCAUCAACAGCCAGUUUGUGAUGCACGACGUGAUGCGGAUCCUGGUGGAUGAGGCUCACCUGGGGAACGUGGUGUACGAUUCGCUGAUGAACCUCAAUGCCAAGGUCUCUCUGAAACCGAUCAACGCCGGAGCCCAGUGCAGUGACUUCUCCUACGAAAACGAUGACGUCUCGUGGGAUGUUCAGAUUUCCACCACGGCCCAGUUCCAUCUGUCCAAUCUGAUGCUUCUCACCUUGUGCGAGCGGUGCGUCCAGGACAAGAACUACAUCCCGCUGUGGAAUUUCAUCGUUACCAAUAGCAAAUACCAUACCAGCCUGGCGUGCAUCGUUCUCGCCCAUGGAAAGCUUUAUUCUUCCGUAAUCCUGUUGGCAAUGGUCCGCGGCACGUGUCUGGAUGUAUUUAGCUGGCUGAUCGGUAUCUGGGAGCAAUUGGUUGAUCAUCCUGCGGAAAUGAACGCCUACGUGUACAACCUCUCCAACGAGCUUUUCAUGGAAAGUCUGAUAUACCUGCAAGAAUACACCAUACAGUACUUCGAGAUGAUUCGCAAGUGCUUGGAAAAGUUUGACAUCAACGUUUUGGAGCGACUGAUCCGCCAAUUGAAUCCAUUUCAUCCAAUCUACCGGCCGCUGAUGCACAAACUCUCCAACCACGACAGCAGUUCAGGUCGCGAGUUGGACAAUGGUCUGCUUCUUUUCUGCAAAUGUCUGAUUGAAACUUUCCUAGCGGUUUCGAUUCGCUUGCAAAUGCUCAAGAUGCACAACGGCAGUUUCCUGAAUGCCUUGAAACAUGUGCGAGUUUUCUACGACGAAAAACCGGUCGAAAUGCGCCUGAAACAAUGCUCACCGUUGUCUGCUGGAUUUUCGCACGCUGGAUGUGUGAUGAACCGGGUUGCCUAUCUGUGGGGAUCCAACGGGGUCAACUGUGCCCUCAGCAGAACUUCACUCCAGGGCGAUCCCCUGACACCGAACGGAUCUCCGCCGACGGCGUUCUUCCUGAAGCAGUUGGAUCUCGAGGUGCUGGCCGUUCAGUGCGGACGAUUGCAUACCCUUCUGUUGACCAACAAUGGAGUUUAUUCGAUGGGAGCCAACAAUUUGGGUCAAUUGGGCAUCGGAAAUCAUGUCUUGAACGCCCUACAGCCAAUGUAUGUACAAUCCCUGGAUGGGAUGAACAUAACGCACAUUUGCGCCGGACAGUACCAUAAUGCUGUAGUGGCCAACGGACUGCUGUACACGUGGGGAUGGGGCAUUUUCGGUCAGCUGGGGCACGGUUCCAUUGCAGAUUGUUCUAAACCGACGAUUGUGGAAUUUUUCCGUAAAAAGAACAUACAACAGAUCGCUUUGGGUCACGCCCACACCUUGGUCCUCUGUCGACAGGAAUGCAAUACCAAAAACGUGCUAUACGUAUUCGGAUCCAACCACUACGGACAGUUGGGACUGGGUCAGGAAGACAGGUUCAACUUCACCGUCGAUACCCGGAAUGGCAAAUCGUUUGUGCUGUCGCUGAUUCCUCGUCGAGUAGAUUUCGACGAGGAGAUUCUCCUCAUCAACACCAAGCUGUUUGUCAAUUUGGUCCUCACCAAGAGCAACAAGUUGUACACGUGGGGUGCAUCGCCGCAGGCUCUCCGUCUAGCGAAUCAAGCUCGCAAGCGGGCAAGGUCAUCGCACAAAUGUCGGCCAAAUGUGAUGACACCGGCUGCAACGGCUGGUCCCUCUACCAGCCCUCCUUCGGCAGAACCGGAAGCUAAGACCGAUGGACCUGAGCCGGAAUCAAAAUCACUAACCGUGUCGAAUGUGCCCGAGGAAUCGAAUGAAGAGCAACAACCAAAGAUUGAACCGGAAGUGGAACAACAACCGGCCGAAGGUGUGGAUGAGACGCCGAAGACACCGAACGGGGGUCCUGUUCCGGAUAUUAAAAUUGAGGACACUAGUGCCGGGGAAGAAUCGAAGACGCCCGAUGUGGAUGAAAAAGCCGCCACUCCAGGAGAGGAAUUUGCCGAGCAUCUGUUUCCCAGUCUGGUCGAUACGACGCUCGUACAGGAUGAUAUCGUGAGGAUCUCCAGCGGAUUGUACCACUUUGCGCUGGUCACCUCGCGGUCGCAGAUCUACACCUGGGGCAAGAACAUCGAACGGCAGCUGGGCCGUGAAGGCGGCCGCAACGAAGUUCUCAUCCCCACCAAGCUGGACGCCGUAACGGGAGUGGAAUACGUCGAAUGCGGCGCCGAUUUCACCCUCAUCAUGACCGAGGACGGUGUCGUCAAAUCCUGGGGCAACAACAAUAUGGGUCAGUGUGCCAAGGAGAUCAACCAGGAGCGCAGUGGUGUUCCGGGAAAACUGGUGAGACUGCCCAUCUCCAACCGGCUGGUACGGAUUCCGGACAGUUCGCAGUUCAUCGAACUACCGCACGAGAUUAAACUACCUCCUAGCGAUGGAAGUCACGAACCGAGCAACCAAACGCUGCGAUUGAUCAAAUCGAUGCCUAAAUUCAGGCGAAACUUUGUUGUGAAGAGCACUCUGGAGAAGGUCAUUAGCAAUAAUAUUUCGACGAUCAGUUCCAGCUUGAAUGAUGUCAGCAAUACAACCGAGAUGGAAGAUUUCGUAGGCGAGCUGAGAACGGCGUUCGACUGCAGGAUUCAGAAUCAAAACGCCAGUACCAUGUCCUCGUUGCAGUCUGUGUCGUACGCCACUUCACCGACUUCGAUGGCUGUUGAUGACGACGAAGACGACGAGGGCCUGGAAGACAUGGACCAAGACGACAGAAGCUCAGAGUCAUCGCGACUGUGCAAUGAACGUCAUCUGCUGAGCAACGACUUCAUUCACUAUUGUUUGUACAUUUUCCACGGACUGUAUAGUCAGGACAAUAUCCUGGAGUUGACCAAACGCUGCAACGAGUAUCACAUCCGAAUGAUGAUAUUGAACUACGACUACGUAGAGGCGUUCCAUCUGAUUCUGGAACUUUUGUCCGGCUCGCUAUCUUCAUCGGCAUCACCAGUUACGGUCGCCAAAACCACGAUGAACUUGGUCAAAAUCUUCGAAUACUUCACCAAAGACUCCAACAUCAUCCCGAUGGACACGUCCAACUUCAAGUACUUCAUCUACGAACUGUUCAUGUUCUUCAUCAAACACAACAUCAACCUGGAUGUCCUGGAGGAGUACUUCCUGCGCAAUCUCGAGUACUAUCUGGUCCAGUUGGCGUUUGUGCUGUACUUUAGCAAUACGAACAACAUCUCAGCUGGUCUGCGAGGCAACGUGGACAGCGAAACGCUGGAAAUGGAACGCCGUCUGCUGGACAAGUUCAACAACAACGGCAACAACCUGCUGGCGGCGGAAGCCUUCGGGCCAAGCUCGCCGCAAUCAACGGGGAAGGUGGUCCGAAAGUUGGAAAACACCGAAACCAUCAGCAAAGCCCUGUCGACCAAGUUCAGCGUAAUGCUGUGCCAGAAGCUGAUGGAAUACUUUGAGCGGUUCAAAUGACUACAGAUUUUUGAAGACGACGACGAAAACGAGGACCGAUGCGAACGGUCCCGUUAGAUUUCUAUAUUUUGCUGACCGUAUAUGUUUUGUGCAAAUCAAGUCAGUUUUUCGAUUUUAUUUCAUAGAUUUGUAAAUCAAAGUACUUACUGAAACAUCACACUUUUCGUGUUGUGCAGAUAGCUUUUUAUAGUUUUUUUUUAUAUAUUGAUAUACCUAGGGAAUAGCUUGCUUAUCAUAUAUUUAUUGAGCAAAAUGUUGUGCGUGUGAUGUUGUAUUCUCCUACUCGUUUGCUAGCGAUAUUUUUAUAGAUAAUAUAUUUAACCAAUCUAUUUGGAUAACGGUCUGAAGCUACUAUGAACAGAAGCAAAAAGUCAGAGAAGGUAGUCCGUUUAGUUUCAGUGGAGUUUCUUGGAAGAAAAUGAAAGACUGAAAAUUUUACUGGAGAACUACUACCACUAGCUAUCGAAUUAACGUUACAUUUGUCAAAGCAAUUUUCUUACAAUACCACAGUGGUCAAAUACUAUGAAUAUCAAAAACCAUGUUUCUCAUACAGACAAAUGACAAGCACAAUUUUUCUAUGAUCUACAAGUUUUGUUAGUUAUACUGAAAUUCUACAACAUUUUGAUGUUUUCUUUGGAUUAAUUUGAAGCGAAUAACAAACAGUUUUGAUUUUGAGAAACACCGUGGUAAAAAGAUGUUCAAUUCAAUAGUUUUAGGUUAGUCAUCAAAUUGAUCAAACUAUCAGACCAUUUCUCCCUUGCAAUUCAUUACUCAUAAUUCUGUUUUUUUUUUUUUAAAUUAGGUAGACCUCAACUGAAAGCGUUGCAAUAAACUCAUCCGAUCGGCAAUGAAUAGCGUUUGUGGAUGGCUUCAUCCAAGUUUUUGCAGUCUCGCAGCAAGAACAACCCGCGCGAUCGGACUUACCAAUAAAUUAGCGUACUUAUAUUCGUCGCAAAACUCAUCGCGUAGUGCAAAAGUGAUAGAAACAAAUGGCAUUAGACUAUUGUUUAGCGCUUAAGAAAAAUAUCUCAAUAUUCUCUACACGUAAAAUAUCAAAAAUUUACACACCAUUAAAAAGCACUGUCUAGAGGAAUAAGUU